GGGUGGAGACAAGCACAGCUUGCUGUGUGAUACUGAAGGACUCUUGCAAAAACACCGCUGCUCACAACCGUGUGGUUACCUCUCUGUUGUCAUUUAAAACAACAGAACUGACUUUGGAUUUUUCGAUUUUUAACCUUCCAUCAUGUGUAAAGGACUUGCAACACUGCCUGCGACAUGCUUGAAAAGUGCCAAAGACAUCAAGCACAAAAUAAGCUUCUUACUCCAGAAGCCUGAACCUCAAGCAGCAGAUCAGAAGCAGAUGAAAGAAAAAUCAACCACGGCUGCUGCAAAAAGGGUGCCUAAUAGAGCUGAGGUGGAGAAAUGGAAGGAGUCUUUCAGCCAUGUGCUGAACAGUGAAAUGGGUCGCACAGUCUUCACCAGCUUCCUAAAGUCAGAGUUCAGUGAGGAAAACAUGGACUUCUGGAUGGCUUGCGAGGACUACAAGAAGACUGCACCUACCAAGCUAGCAACCAGAGCCAAGCAGAUCUACCAGAAAUAUAUUGGUGCAGAAGCUCCUAAUGAGGUAAACUUAGAUGCAGCGACCAGAGAAAAAACAAGACAGAACGUGGAGAACGCUUGCCCUUCUUGUUUUGACGAUGCCCAGAAGAUGAUCUACACUCUGAUGGAGAAAGACUCCUAUAGACGCUUUCUCAAAUCCAAACUGAUCCAGGAUCUGUGCCAACAACAGAGCAACACUGCUCAGGAGAAGAAAGAGAAGAGAAGCUGUGACAUGGCUGACAGCAGUCAGGUGUUAGCUGGUGGUGCUUAGUCAGGACGAAGGAAGGAAAAGCUUGAAGCAGGUGCCAAAGACCGACAGUCAGUUAGGGCUGACACUGGGAAUGAUAGGUUUGCUGGGGUGUCCAGGGUUUCUAGAUAAGGAAAGAAGAAUGGUUUUGAAGAUGUCUGAUGAAGGUUCAUGUGAGGUAGUUUUUUUUUUCUCCUGUUUUUGAUACUUGCUCUUGAUUUCUGGGCUUAUGUGGUCACUCUUGUAAAUAUUUAUAUAUUUCCCAUUUCUGCAUUCAUCAGGUGAAAUGUUCUACAGACUGACUGAAUGUUUAAUAUUUCCAUGCACACGGGAACAGAGAAUGUAAAUACAUCAUUGCAUUGUGACGUUUUCCUUCUGGAUUCAUUGCAAAACACAAUCGUAUCUCCAAGCUGUGACCAGGUUAUCUUGAUACUUAGAACAGAAAACGAUUGAAAGCUACCUCCAGCCAACAGACACACAAACUGGUGCCACUGGAACAUUUUGUCAAUGGAACGGCACAGAUUACUAGUUUAGCUAUGUACAGACCUGAAUAUUUAAAUGAAUACAUCAAGCACUUUUUAAAUAAUGCCCCGAUUUCCCUUGUUUAUAGGAGUAGAGUCGCCAAGUUUAAAUGUUGUACAAUUUUAUACAAUUAUAAAUGUAAAGUAAUAAUUGACCCUGGUAAGCUGAAACAACGCUAAACGUACUACGUAUACUGUAUUGAUUGGCUUUGCAGUUAGUUUUAGGUGUCACAACAUGGUCACAGAUUGGUUAUUUUCCAUCGUGUUGACUUAUGGCCUCACAAUUUAGUGGUGAUGGAAAAAAAGCUUUAUAUAGUCAUUUGAAGUUCCAACUCACUAUUUAAUACCAUAUGUUUGUACAACAGCCCAUGGUUGACACUGAUGUCUGUUUAUUCAAGUGAGUAAAACCCGGUGUAUAUCUCAACACUUUAUCAUGGUAACAACUGCCUCUGCUGUUUAAACAUCCUGACAUGAUCUUUGCACUGUGAAAACACCGACUGACUAGUUCUCGUGGGAAUUUUAGGCAUGUUUUAAUAUUAGUAGAAGUAGUAAUUGUCAUAGAGUCAUGACGCAGUUAUGUUAAAUGCAGUAGGAGAAUUUUUUAAAGCAUUUAGAAGUCGCGCUGUUUGGUUUCAGUGUUUAAUGAUGCCAUUUGUGCAAAGUAUUUGAUAAUGUGUUCAUUUUAACCGACCAAAUUUUUGGUGGCCACACAUUCUACAGUGUCUUAUCUAAACAUAUACUGUGAUGAUAAAAAACUGCAUAUUAUAUGUAAAAGAACAUGUGUCUUUGUCGUAUUUCUGUAUAUGGCUACUCCCAAAUAAAACCCUGUGCUUAAUGAUGAAAA